CGGAGGCCACAUCCAAAUAUUUCUCUUACGUAAUAUAAAAUUGCACCCGAACCUCAAACCCUAGGCUCUCUCCUCCGUCCUUCCCCUACCCUAGUACCCACACAACACACCAGGGGAGCUGCAGCGCGGCUGUUGAAGCAGACAAGAUGGCGGUUCCUCUGUUGACGAAGAAGAUUGUGAAGAAGAGGGUCAAGAAGUUCAAGAGGCCCCAGAGUGACCGUAAGAUCUCGGUCAAGGAAAACUGGAGAAGGCCAAAGGGUAUUGACUCUAGGGUCAGGAGAAAGUUCAAGGGAGUUACAUUGAUGCCCAACAUCGGUUAUGGAUCAGAUAAGAAAACCCGCCACUAUCUUCCCAAUGGCUUCAAGAAGUUUGUUGUCCACAAUGUUAAGGAGCUGGAGGUUUUGAUGAUGCAUAACAGGACUUAUUGUGCCGAGAUUGCUCAUGAUGUCUCUACGCUUAAGAGAAAGGGUAUUGUGGAGCGUGCAGCACAGUUGGAUAUUGCUGUCACCAACAAGCUGGCUAGGCUCAGGAGCCAGGAAGACGAGUAGACGGUUGGUUCUGUUUUUUCGUGUGAUUUUGCUCUCAGAAGAAAUUUUGCCUUUAGAAAACCUUGGAUUUUGAGUUUCUGUUGCGGAUUAGUCUGAUACCCGUUAGCGCUCCCGUUUUGAGAUGUGUAAUCGACUUUUGGUCCUUGUUUUGUUUCCAUCAUCGGUGUUGGUAUUAGUAUCUAUUGGAUUUUUCUUGCACCCUCUUGUCAACUCCCCUCGCCCUGGAACUGUUAAGGCCGAUUAAGUACUCGAAAAUUAUAGUUGGAGGGACCGGAAGAAUUUUGAUAACUCGAUUCCAAUAUCGUAUGUCAGGGAUAUGAUUGUAGGUUCCAUGGGUGGGUGGAUAAACGGAGAAUUGUUAAAUGUUAAUGGAUUUGGAUGGUUUCAUACAAA